CUUUUUGGAGAUUAUAUGGAUACCUUCAAAGGAAUCCCUUUUGCUGCCCCCACCAAGACUUUGGAAGACCCCCAGCCUCACCCUGGCUGGCCAGGCACACUUCAGGCUGACAAAUACCGGGAACGUUGCAUGCAGUCCAUCCUCACCCAGACAGAUGUGCGUGGCUCUGAAGAUUGCCUGUAUCUAAACAUCUGGGUCCCUCAAGGGAAGAAACAGGUCUCCACCAACUUGCCAGUGAUGAUCUGGAUUUACGGAGGGGGAUUCAUCUGGGGGAGCGGCCAGGGGGCCAACUUCCUGAGCAAUUAUUUGUACGACGGGGAGGAAAUCGCCAGCCGCGGGAAGGUGAUCGUAGUGACUUUCAAUUAUCGGCUCGGGCCGUUGGGUUUCCUAAGUACUGGAGAUGCAGCUCUUCCAGGCAAUUAUGGCCUCAAAGAUCAACACAUGGCUAUCGCUUGGGUCAAGAGAAACAUCAAAAAUUUCGGUGGAGACCCAGACAACAUCACACUCUUCGGGGAAUCUGCUGGCGCUACCAGCGUCUCCUUACAGACUCUGUCACCCUACAGCAAAGGCUUGAUGAAACGGGCCAUCAGCCAGAGUGGAGUUGGUCUAUGCUCUUGGGCCAUCCAGAAAGACCCCCUCUACUGGGCUAUCAAGACUGCGCAAAAAGUGGGCUGUCCGACAGACAACACCACCGUGAUGGCCAACUGCUUCCGAAUUACCGAUCCGAAGACGCUGACCCUCGCUUAUCAUCUGGAAGUCACCAACUUGCGCUAUCCCUUGGUCCAUUAUCUGGCCUUCGCCCCGGUGGUGGAUGGAGACUUCAUCCCUGAUCACCCGAAGAACCUCUUUGCCAACGCGGCGGAUGUGGACUACCUCCUCGGAGUCAACGAUAUGGAUGGUCUCUUCGCCGGCAUCGACCUGCCAGCCAUCAACCGGCCCCUGGCGAAGAUCACCCCGGAAAACGUCUACCGAUUAAUUCAGGGAUUGACGGUAGAGAAGGGCACUGCAGGAGCUAAUGCGGCCUACGCCGUUUACACACAGAUAUGGAGCAAUACAGAAGACCAAGAAGUCAUGAAGAGGACAGUGGUGGAUCUGGAGACCGACUACAUCUUCCUGGUUCCCACCCAGCAAACACUUCAGCUGCAUCAAGAAAACGCCAAAACUGCCAAGACCUACAGCUAUCUCUUCUCCGAGCCCUCCCGGAUGCCCGUCUACCCCGGCUGGGUAGGGGCGGAUCACGCCGAUGACAUUCAGUACGUCUUCGGCAAACCAUUUGCCACGCCCUUGGGUUACAGAGCCCGGCAUAGGACUCUCUCCAAAGCCAUGAUUGCUUAUUGGACCAACUUCGCCAGAACUGGGGACCCCAACCGAGGGGAGUCCGAAGUCCCCAUCGCCUGGGUGCCUUACGACAACGAAAACUCCUUCUACCUCGAUAUCAACCACGACAUCAACUACAACUCGGUGAAACAAGGCCUGAGGGACGUUUACGUCAAGUUCUGGAAUGUGGCUUACCGCAACCUCCCCAAUGUCCGAACCGCAGAAAAGCGGGAAUAAAAAAACCGCAACCAACCAACCCCGAACAACGUCUCUUGACGUUAUACGUGAAACGAGAACCCAAUAAACAGAUCUCACUCUCUUGAAA